AUGGAGAAGAGCCACGGGGGAGGGGAAGGAGUUGAUGGGGGAGGCGCGGGGACGAUCGGCGGAGCGAGGGAGAACCCUUCGAGCGGAGUAACGAAUGGAGAACCGUCGCGUGACGGCGAAGGCGCAAUUGGCGCAAGUGGCGCUAGUGGCGCCAGUGGCGCAAGCAGUGCCAGUGGGGCAAGUGGUGGCGGAGGCGACUCCGAGAAGCGCGCAGGGAGCGCGGAAGGUGCAGGGCGCGCGGGGAGCUCGGGGAACGCGGUGAUCGGAGGGGGAGCGGGGAGCGCGGAGAGCGGGAGUGAGAAGCGGGCGGGUGAGGAGGGGAGGGAGGUGCGCGUGUAUGUGGAUGGGAUCUUCGACCUGUUCCACUUCGGCCACGCGCAGGCGCUGCAACAGGCCAAAGAGCUGUUCCCGCGGACGUACCUUAUAGUGGGUUGCUGCAAUGACGAGGACACAGCAAGGCUCAAGGGCCCUACCGUGCUAACCCACAAGGAGCGAUGCCUAGCCCUCAAACACUGUCGGUGGGUGGAUGAGGUGGUGGAGAAUGCGCCAUGGGUGCUCACAGAGGAGUUCAUCGCUUGCCAUGCCAUCGACUACGUAGCACACGACUCCAUCCCUUACAUGCAGAAAGCAGAAGGAGGCUCUUCCAGCGAACCUCAAGACGUGUAUGCCUAUGUGAAGAGCAUAGGCAAGUUCAUCCCCACGCAGCGCACGGACGGCAUAUCCACAUCAGACAUCAUAGCGCGCAUCAUCUCUCGCAGGGAUGACUACAUUCUUCGCAACCUCUCCCGGGGAUACUCGCCCUCUGCGCUCGGCCUCUCCUUCCCUGCUGUGUGCUACUAUAAAGGGAGGCUCCUGCUUGCAGACGUGUACAAGAACAUCCAUAGAAUGAUCCAACGGCUGUCAUGCCUCCCAGGCAUCUCUUGGCUGUUCACCUCAGCAUCACCAUCAGCAAAAAGCGACCAUCCAAAGCAACAGUGA